AAUAGGCAAGGCAGCUGGAAAGCAGGUCUCCACUGGCAGGUCAAUUAAAGAAGUCGCGUCAAGAGAGUGGGGCAGUCACGUAACAGGCCCUGGUCGCGUCACCCACACCCACAUGGGCGCCCUUUUUGCCCCACGGCUUGGUUCGCUUCUCUUUUACACAACGACGGAGCUUUUGUAUUUGGACAACAAAGCGUGCUACCAACAGCAACGGGUUCGACGCCAUAACACGCCAGCACACGCCAUGCCAACGGCAAUAACGCGCACGCCGUGACUUAAGACAUUGGCCUUUCAAGCACUUUGCACUCUUUUGUUCCUUGCUUAGAGAAACUCAAACUCACUGAGACUGUUGGUACCACCUCGCCACGGCUUCCACCAUGCCGGCCGCUCUCCUCCCCCAGAAGCGCGUCUUUGGCGAAGCUUCGAGCACUCGCAGCAACAUUCCUGGUGCGCCGGUCUCGUCCAAGAAGCGACGUCUCGAGCCCAUACCGUCUUCGCCCGCUUUCCGCUUCAAUAGCUCCCAGAAUGAUGGCAAAAGGAGGCUCGCGUCGAGCCAGCCUAAGAGCGCCUUCGAGAGCGAGGUGCUGGAACGUAUGAGCCAAGACAUUUCGGAUCUCAAGCAGAACAACACAGAGAAGGACCAGGCCUGGGAACGCCCCCCAGUGCCAAGAGACUUCAAUCCCGCUACGCACGCGCUAUGCUUCCAAUCCAUCGAGGCUGAGGAGGGCACCUUAGCCGGUGGACAGGCGACAGUCAAGCUCUUCGGCCUCACCGAGAACGGAAACUCGGUGUUGCUGCACGUCAAAGACUUCAAGCACUACCUCUAUGUAGCUGCCCCCGUGUCCUUCAGCGCCGAGGACUGCCCCAAGUUCCGCGCCUAUCUCGAAUCCGCACUAGCUAUGCACCAGACUGUCAUCCAUAACGUGACUUUGACAAUGCGUGAGAAUAUCUACGGCUUCCAGGGUAACACGCAAAACCCCUAUUUGAAGAUCUCCGUGACCGACCCCAAGUUCAUCGCUAAGGUCCGCGCCAUAAUCGAAAAGGGCGAUGCCAACUGGAAGGGCAUGUGGAAGAGCGUCGAUGGCACCAUCAUGACUUUUGACAACAUCCAAUACUUGCUCCGAUUCAUGGUUGACUGUUCGAUUGCCGGCAUGUCUUGGGUUGAAGCCCCCGCCAACCGGUAUCAGCUCGUUGCCGACAGACAGUCCAACUGCCAGAUCGAGGCGCAGAUGAGCUACCGCGACCUGAUCGCCCACAAGCCUACUGGCGAGUGGUCAAAAAUGGCCCCUCUAAGGGUUUUGUCCUUCGAUAUUGAAUGCGCUGGUCGCAAAGGCAUCUUCCCCGAGGCACUCCAUGACUCUGUUAUUCAAAUCGCCAACGUAGUCACCAAAUACGGUGACAAGAAGCCCUUUAUCCGAAACGUGUUUUGUCUGGACACAACGAGUCCCAUUGUGGCCACCCAGAUCCUCGACUUUGACAAGGAAGAGGAAAUGCUAUCCGCGUGGCAAAAGUUUCUCGAAAAGGUUGACCCGGAUAUCAUCACAGGUUACAACAUCUGUAACUUCGAUUUCCCCUAUCUUCUCGACCGAGCCAAACACCUCAAGGUGCAGGGGUUUGAGUAUUGGUCCCGUACCAUGGUUAGAUCGGCCGCAAAAGACACCAACUUCUCCAGCAAACAGAUGGGCAACCGCGAUACCAAGGCCACAAACACAAACGGUCGGCUCCAGCUUGAUCUCCUCCAGCUUAUCCAGCGUGAUCACCAACUUCGAAGUUACACGCUCAACUCGGUCUGUUCCCACUUCUUGGGUGAACAGAAAGAGGAUGUUCAUCAUUCUAUGAUCACGGAGCUCUUUGAAGGCACGCCCGAGUCAAGGCGCCGGUUGGCCCUGUACUGCCUCAAGGAUGCAUAUCUUCCACAAAGACUAAUUGAUAAACUCUCAUGCCUCGAAAACUAUACCGAGAUGGCAAGAGUCACGGGUGUCCCGUUCAAUUUCCUGCUCUCCAGGGGCCAGCAAGUCAAGUUUCUAAGCCAGCUCUUUCGAAAGGCACUGGAACAGAAGCUAGUCAUUCCCAACAUCCGAUCAGAGUCGUCCGAAGAGCAAUACGAAGGCGCGACUGUCAUUGAGCCCACCAGGGGCUACUACGACGUGCCUAUUGCCACCCUUGAUUUUGCUUCUCUGUAUCCCAGCAUUAUGCAAGCGCACAAUCUUUGCUACACCACAUUGAUCAAGAAGAGAGAUAUUGAGAAGUGGAAUUUGCAAAAGGAUGAAGAUUACAUUGUCACACCAAACGGCGACAUGUUUGUCACAGUAAAAAAGAGGAAGGGCUUGCUGGCGCAAAUUCUAGAGGAGUUGUUGUCGGCCAGAAAACAGGCUAAGCGGGAACUCGCCGUAGAGACCGAUCCGUUCAAGAAGGCCGUGCUGAACGGUCGCCAGUUGGCUCUGAAAAUCAGCGCCAACUCCGUCUACGGCCUGACUGGCGCAACAAACGGCAAACUGCCCUGCCUUGAGAUUGCGAGCAGUACAACAAGUUUCGGUCGGCAAAUGAUCGAAAGGACCAAGAUGGAAGUUGAGGAAAGAUACUCCAUUGCCAAUGGUUAUGACUACAAUGCCCAGGUCAUUUAUGGUGACACGGAUUCCGUCAUGGUCAAGUUUGGCACCAAGGAUCUGGCCGAGGCCAUGAAGUUGGGCGAAGAUGCUGCGCGGUUCGUCUCGAGCAAAUUCGUGAAGCCCAUCAAGCUAGAGUUCGAGAAAGUCUAUUUCCCAUACCUUCUCAUCAACAAGAAGCGCUAUGCGGGGCUGUAUUGGACGAAACCCGAAAAGUACGAUAAGAUGGACACCAAGGGCAUCGAGACUGUUCGUCGAGACAACUGCAUGUUAGUGCAGACUGUCAUUGAAAAGGUCUUGAGAAUGAUUCUCAUCGACCAAGACGUGCCCAGUGCUCAAGAAUACGUCAAGGACACGAUUGCAGACCUCCUGCAGAACAAAGUCGACAUGUCCAAACUUGUCAUCACCAAGGCGCUCACCAAAGAAGACUACACAGCGAAGCAAGCUCACGUCGAGCUUGCGGCGAGGAUGAAGAAGCGGGACGCCGGCUCGGCCCCUGCUCUGGGUGAUCGCGUCGCCUACGUCAUGAUUAAGGGCGCUGCCGGGUCCAAAAACUAUGAGAAUUCUGAAGACCCUAUCUACGUGCUUGAGCACAAUGUUCCCAUCGAUACCAAGUAUUAUCUGGAUAACCAACUGGCCAAGCCUCUUGGUCGUAUCUUCGAUCCCAUUCUCGGCGAGACCAAGGCAAAAUCGCUGCUCACGGGCGCUCACACACGGGCCAUAUCGGUAGCGGCGCCUACAGUUGGCGGCCUCAUGAAGUUUGCCAAAAAGACGCAGACCUGCAUGGGCUGCAAGAAGCCCCUGACAGGCAAGGAGGAGAGCCAAGGCGCCGUCUGCUCCAACGACGCUCCUCGUGUCGGUGAGCUCUACAAGAAGACGCUCGACAAGGUCUCGGACCUUGAGGUCCGCUUCGGUCGCCUCUGGACUCAGUGCCAGCGCUGCCAGGGCAGCAUGCACUGCGAGGUUAUCUGCAGCAGCAAAGACUGUCCCAUCUUUUACAUGCGCAUGAAGGCUAAGAAAGAUCUCGAGGACGGGAACAAGGAGCUGAAGCGCUUCGACUUUGACCAGGCUGCUCUGUGGUAGUCUUGUACUACGAUUUUUUUUGCGCGUGUUUGGUUUUGGUUCUCUGGUGGAUGAACUCUGUAAUUGAACGGCCACGUGCUUGUCUAGCAACGGACGGUAGCGGCGGCGACCAUGAUAUCCAGGUGGUUUUUUUGAGUUUGUUGGGCGCAAGAAGGCUGUAUCCUGGCGCUGGCGUAUCUUUCUUUCUUAGUUUUAUAUGUUAAGGCAAGUGACAAGCCAUUGCAUCAUGUAUAGCGUUUAUUAGGUGUUUGAGUCCCCAUCUGGAGGCAUGGCGGUGGUAAAUGAAUGAGUUGGGUCGCAUUAGUCUUGUAUCGAAUCUAUCACGCAUUAGUUAUACUCUUUCAUUUGAUAUAUAUAUGACUCAAUUCCAUGUUUGAGC